ACACAUCCAGUACAACGAGGCCCGCAAUGAGCUCAUCAUCACAUCUCCGGAAGACACGGCGCCUCUGGUUAUUCCCUGUUCUUCUGUUUCUCUCUCCAUGCAAAAGGAGACAAAUUCCAUUACCUUCAAAUCCGGACAGGGCCCAGAGAUAUCCGUCACGGUCAGCACCCAGGAGAAGUUCUUCCUUGAGCUAGCUGCAAUAGCUGGAGCCGGCAAGUAUUACAAACCCUCGCCCAAAGAAACCCCUCCGCCUCCAGAAAAAGAACAAGAAGAAAAACCACCAACACCUGAGGAAGACGAAGUUUUUGUAAUUCGAGAUGGCUAUUUGAUGCUGUUCGAAAAAGCCGGAGACCCGCAGCCCAUUUUGCGGCUGCACAACGCGGACUGCGUGACGCAUGCAGACGCAGCAAACCGGGAGUUUGUGAUAACUCACAAGUUGGUACAAAAAACUGGAAGAAAAUGGGUUUCUUCGCCGCAAAGUGGACCAGCGGGGCACCAAGGCGAACCAAGCCCUUCGGGCAAAAGAGAGAGAAUAACAUUAGACUGCGCAAGUCUGGCUGAGUUCGACAGGUGGAACGUGGCGCUGCACUUCGGCAACUUCUUAAAAGGCGAAACAAUUCAGGGCAACGGCUCGCAAGCCUAUGCGAACUUGACCAAAUAUGUCUUCCCCAUAAAUAUGUUCGAAGACGCCUCGGGCCGGAAGUCCGCACUGCUGAUUGAAAACAGAAAAAUAAUGCUCUUCGCAACUCCCGACGCCUCGGAUCCGAUUCUCUGUUUCGACGCGAGCGAAUGCGAAGUGCAGCCAGUAAUAGCCCAGCGGAAACUGAGGGUUUAUGUGAACGGCUUGCUGAGGCUGCUGCUGCAGAGAAACACAAAACAAGAACAGCGCAUUGACUUCAUCCUGCCCCUCGCAAAGGACUUGGACAGAUAUGCUGCUGCCUGCCAAAGAGACGCCUUUCCAGAAGCCAUUGUCGGAAAGCCUGUGGAGAGACUUUCCAUCCCGUGCGCCUCUAGGCACGCGCACGCGGAGUUGACUCUGGAGGUUUCCAAGUACUCUUUUUCGACAGAAGGGCUUACUUACAUUUUCACAAGUUCUGAAGGAAAAGUCAUGACUUAUCCUCUCUACGCCCAAUCCGCGAGCACCUUGGGGGCCCCUCUGGGGCCCCCUGGGGGCCCCUUUUGGGCCCUUUGGGGGCCCCACUGGGGCCCCUUGGGGGCCCCUCUUGGGAACUUUGGGGGCCCCUUUUGGGUUCUUUGGGGGCCCCCCGUGGGGCCCCCGAAGUACCCAAAGAAGGGCCUUUUGGUGUGUGUGCGGGUCCUUCCCAGGCUGCACUUCUCCAUUGCGCCGCUGCAGUCCUUCAGCCCGACGAACCCGCAGUUCCACCCGCCGGGCGCGGACUGCGGCGCGAAGCGGCCCUGGCAGGGGAUGGAUAUGCGCAAAAUUAACUCUCCCAAGUACAUUAGUCACAAAAUAAAAAGAGUUCCGAUGACUUCUGGAUAUCAGUACUUGAACUUCACGACUCCGUCGAUAUACGCGCCGACGCAGGCGGACAUCGCGGUCUUCUUCGACACUGAAAACUGCUACAAAGUCUACACCCCCAAGCAGCUCUUUCUCGCCGCCUGGCCCCAACUUCGUUUUCUCCUUAUGUGUCUUUUGGCAGUUUCUUUUCCCUCAGUCCCAAUUCUCCUUUUCGUGCUUUACAUGAACAGGUUCGAACCCAUGGAACAGGUCAUGGACCGCGACGAGUACUGGCGCCACUUCAAGUGGCACUACUUUGGCCCCGACCUGGACCACCACGCCUACACGCAAUACCUCGAGGCCCGCAGAGCCAAAAAGUGGAGGGGCGUCGACGUCGACCCCGAAGACUAUAUUCCCCCUCAGUACAAAAACCUCUAA